UUGUCGAGAGCCCGCUUAUAUUGUAUUAGGGGCCUUCUGUGCCGGUCGCUUUUGGCCAGUUAAAAGCCAAUUUAGAUAGAGGAUCAGCAUGUCGCUGACAUCGCUGGGCAUCAGCGCUGGCUUCAUGGUCGGCUGCUGCAUUGCGGCACAGAUUGCGCGUCGGGUGAGUCGAAGACUGCUGAACAGCGAUGGAAUUGUGCCCGUGCUGAUGAACGAGGCCAUUGCCGCUGCCGAGUUGUGUGCCUGCUGCUUUGAGCUGAUCAUCGUUGCUGAUAACUUUGGUGUGGCUGCCUAUGCCAUCUUUCUGUUCCUGCUGACCGUGUGGUGGGGCAAGGUAUGGGGCGAUGCCUCUGCCUGUCCGUACACCCACAUGGAGGAUGUGUUAGAGGGUCGCACCACCUUCAAGGAGAUGGCUCUGCGCACCUGGGCUGAACUGAUGGGCGGCUGUUGUGUUUAUCGCAUCGUGCAGGUCUUCUGGUGGCUGGAAUUCGCCGAGACGCACAAGGGACGCGCCUUCGAGGAGUGCAAUGCUGAUCUGCAGGUUAGUCCCUAUCUGGGCGCUGCCAUUGAGGGCGUGGCAACGUUGCUGUGCCGUCUGGCAUCGAAGACGAUCAGUGUGCAGGAACCAAAGUUUAGUAGCUAUAUUGAUUCGUUCAUUGGCACCAGUUUGGUGGUCGCUGCUUUCAAUUUCUCCGGCGGCUAUUUCAAUCCGGUGCUGGCCACGGCUCUCAAAUGGGGCUGUCGCGGUCACAGCAAUCUAGAGCACAUCAUUGUCUAUUGGAUUGGCGCCUGUCUCGGCGCACUGCUCUCGGUGCCCAUCUUUAAGUUGGCCGUCGUGCGACGCUUCCUUUUGGGUGAGGAGAAGCCCAAAAAGGAGUAGACUGACACCAAAGCAAGAAAAGAAUGCUCAUAGCUCAUAGUUAUAUUCAAAUUGUAAGCUUAUUUAUUUAUUUAUUUUGUUUUAGUAUUAAAAAAAUACUAAGUUAUCGCAAUAAAUGCAAUAAUCAAAUAACUAUCGAAAUUUACAACAGUUAAUUUAUCGAUCAUUUAUAUUGUUCUCGCGCGAGAUUUAUUUAGAUUGAAAACUGCAUAUUGAAAUGUUAAUAUUAAUUCGAUAUAAAGUGUUCUUUUACUUAAUAUCAAAUCAUGUUAAUUUGCACCUAUUGUCAAAUCGAAUAAUUUGAAUAAAUCAGUUAUAUUAUAUCGGGAAAAUAAUUAAGUCAAAA